UGGUAACUUCCGUCCCCUCGUUUACGUGCGUUGGCUUGGGUCAGAUAGAGAAAUUGCCGCCAUCAUGAUGAACAGCGGUGGAAUCGGGGUCCCCCUCGGCUUUCCUUUAACUCCUACUUCGGUUAUUCAAGUCACUAAUUUAUCCUCCGCGGUUACUAGUGAGCAGAUGCGGACGCUCUUCGGUUUCCUAGGUGACAUUGAGGAGUUGCGCCUUUACCCUCCGGACAAUGCACCGCUCGCUUUUUCUUCCAAAGUAUGUUAUAUUAAGUUUCGGGAGUCUUCAAGUGUUGGUGUGGCCCAGCAUCUAACAAAUACAGUUUUUAUUGACAGAGCUCUGAUAGUUGUACCCUGUGCAGAAGGUAAAAUCCCAGAUGAAGCCAAAGCCUCUCUCUUGGCUCCUGCUCCAACAAUGACAAGCCUGAUUCCUGGUGGAGGAUUGCUUCCUAUUCCAACGCCUCCUGUGAAUUCAAUAGGAAUUUCCCUUGGUCCACUAGGAGCUAUACCAGCAACAGCAUUGGAUCAUAACAUUACAGCCAUUGGAGACAUACCCCAGCCACCCAUUAUGGGCAAUGUGGAUCCUUCCAAGAUUGAUGAAAUUAGAAGGACUGUAUAUGUGGGAAACUUGAAUUCCCAGACUACAACAGCUGAUCAGUUGCUUGAGUUUUUCAAGCAAGUUGGAGAAGUGAAGUUUGUGCGGAUGGCAGGUGACGAAACCCAGCCAACACGCUUUGCCUUUGUGGAAUUUGCUGACCAGAAUUCUGUACCUAGAGCUCUUGCCUUUAAUGGAGUUGUGUUUGGAGACAGACCAUUGAAAAUAAACCACUCCAAUAAUGCAAUAGUGAAGCCACCUGAAAUGACACCACAAGCUGCUGCAAAGGAGUUGGAGGAAGUGAUGAAGAGAGUACGGGAAGCUCAGUCUUUUAUAUCCGCUGCUAUUGAGCCAGAGUCUGGAAAGAGCAGUGAAAGAAAAGAUGGUCGAUCGCGUUCCCAUUCACGUUCAGAAUCCAGAUCUAGUUCAAAAUCUCGAAGGAAAUCACACUCAAAACUCAGGAGUAGAUCCCGUGGUAGAUCACUCUCUAGUCAAAAGGACAGACGCAGAUCCAAAAGUCCACUCAAAAAGCGUUCAAAGUCUAAAGAACGCCGAAGAUCAAGAAGCAGCUCUCCUUCUCGGGAGAAGAGGAAAGAAAGCAAAGAGAGGAUUAGAGAAAAGGAAAAGAUUAGAGAGAGAGACAGAGAUAAAGAAAAAGAGAAGGAUAGAGUUCGAGAAAAGGAUAGCGGCAGGGAAAAAGAUAGAGGCAGAGAAAAGGAGAGAGGGAGAGAGAGGGAGAAGGAGAAGACCAAGGAUAGAGAGAAGGACCGAAUGAAAGAUAGGGAUAAGGAGCGAGAAAAAGACAAGGACAAGGAGAGAAAAGAGAAGGAGAAAGCAUCAGAUAUGGAAAAAGACAAAAGGGAAGAUUUGGACAAAGAGGAAAAGGAGAGAGAGAUAGAAGGACACAAAGAGAAGGAUGACAAAGAACAUAUCAGAGAAAAGGAGGAAGAGAAAGGAAAGGAAGGAGAAAAGGACCAUGAAAGAGAUAAAGAAGGGGAAGCAAAAUCAAAAGACAAAGAAAGAGAUCGAGACAGAGACAGAGAAAGAGAUGAAAAAAAGAAAAAGGAGAAGAGAUCGAAAACACCCCCUAGAAGUUAUAGUUCUUAGAGAUCACGUAGUUCUAGCAGAGAUCGAAGGAAGAGGAAGAGCCGAAGUCCUUCAAAGUCUCCCAGAUCAUCCAAAAUCACAAAAAGGAAAUCAUCUCGGACUCCAUCUCCAAGGAGAAGCAAGAAAGACAGAAAAACAGAGAAGGAGAAAGAUGUAAGUAAUGAUCGAAGAAGAGAGAGGGAGAGAUCUACCUCAAAGCAAAAGAGUAGUAAAGACAAAGAGGUCAAAGAGAAAUCAGAUAAAACCGCAAUUGUGAAGGAUAAAGAUCUCAGUAAAGAGAAUCAAAAUUCUGACAUCAGUAAAGCAGCAGAGGAAGAAGACACAACAAUUGCAGCAGAAAUUGAACAACAACAGAAUGGGAACUGCCAACCAAAUGAAGACACGAUCUCAGUUAAAACUGAAGAUGUGUAGAAUAUUGAAUGGACCUUUGACCCAUUUUGCAAAAGAAAUACAAAACCUUUUGUUUGAUCUCCAAAAUACAUCAAAAGAGGAUAAAAAAUUAAGCAAUCAACUGACCAUACCAAAUUCUGCUAGCAGCUACUCCAGUCUUGGUGGUUUGGUCAGCUUGAGGACUGACAAGAAGCAGGACUCUGACCAAUAGGAUAUGCUGUUACAAAAGCAAGCAGCAAUGGUCAUAUCUUCCAAAAUAAAUGUAUUUCAUCGAUCAUAAAAUACUAGGUGGUUGCAAUCUAUACUAUCCUGAAAAGCUACCAGAGGGAUGCAUUUGGAAGUUGUUAAAAUAUUUGUAGAUUGAUAAAAUUUGUUUUUUCUUAUGGUUUUAAAACUAAACUCCAUGUGAUAUGUUUUGAUGAUGUGCUUGAAAAUGGUGCAGAAAUAAACAUAUUUCCCUUGAUGUUGUAAAUUACAAGUGAUGAAAAGUUUUAACUUAACAGUUUUACAUUUGUGUUUAUGCCCACAAAGGUAAGUGAAGAUUCUUCCUCUGUUGUUUGUGACUUUCUUUUUAUAUUUUUAAAAACAUAUUUCACAACGUAAGUCUACAAUUCUUCUCUUAAUUAGUAGUUGAUCAAUGCAUGCUAAUGUUCUGAUUCUAAAAAGAAGAUACAUGUUUAUACUAGAGUUCCAUUCUUCCAAUUAUAAGCACAUCUAUGUAGUAAUUCCAGACAACUGACUUUGUCUUGAGUUGUAUUACAGGGUGCCUACUCACUUGCAAAUUGAACAGAACAGAAAGACGAAUUUUUACUUGUUAGUGGAGAUGUAGAGCACAAGCUGAUGCUUUAGUGCCUUUGACACAGAAUAGUGAUUUCUAGUAAUGUAGAGGUUUUUUUUAAAAAAAAAUCUCUGUUUGAGUUGCUCUUUUUGAUGAUUAUCACACCAGUAGGCAAGCAUUUGAAAGAUGUCAGUCAUAUCAACCAUUAGUUAUUUGAAAUAAUUUGAAGAUCUCUUGAUUUCAAGUAAAAAAACCAACAACCCUAGGUAAUAUAUGGAUUAAUUGCUGUUUAGGGACCAUAAAAAAGUGAGCAUUUUAUCCAAUUAAUCCAUACAUUUUUCAGAUCAUAUACUGAAACAUGGAAUUGAAUAGUGCUAAAAAGAAGUAAUUUACUUCUCAUCAGGACUGGAACUUAGAAAGCUCCCUUUAAAAGCACGUAUCUUAAGGGCUAAAUGUAAGAGGUUAUUUCUAUACUUUCUAUCACAAGUAAAGAAAUAAUUAAGAUUUCUGUUCUGUUUGAUAAAGUUUUGAAAGAAAAAAGCAACUAGUUCUAGUCUCAUUGCAGCCUUUUAAAAUUUAAAGCAAAGGGUUAUACUGUAAAAUCAAGAACUAUUUGAAUAUAAUGUAAUACAAUCAUAUGGCCUUACAGCACUGAAAAAAAGUAUGAAAAGCCAAAUAGUCAUAUAGCUUUCAGUUUGUGUUUUCAAUAUUUCUGUUUACGGACAGAUAGGUGAGUAUGAUAAAAUGAAAGCUAUAAGAUAAGAGGGCUCUUAGAUUGUGACACUGCUUUAGUAGCUCAUUGUUGGGUAAGGUGUUUUUGUUUGUUUUUUGUUACAGUCUAAAGUUUUUUUUUCUUCAAAAAACCUUUAGUGAAUGCUUUACCAUGUAAAGUAUGGACAGUAAUUUUGUGAUGUUUAUGCCACAUAAAGUUGGCUUGCAAACAGCUUAUUCUGAUAAAGCAAUGACAAACCUCAUGCUUCUUGAAGGACUGUGAAAGAUUGUGUCUUGCAACAGCAGCUGUCAUAUUUAUGAUUUGUAAGUAGCAUAGAGCAAAGAUUGUAUACCUGCUAUCUUUGGUACCAUCACUAAUAAAUUUUAGUAUUUUA